GGCCUGGUGAUCAGAAAGGAUAGAGCCAGGCUGGGGGUAUCCACAGAGCUCCAGGGCUAUACAGGGAGCCUGGCACUGAUCCCUGGAGAGGAAGGAGCUCUCUAGAAAUGCUAAGUGGUUUUUUUCUUAUGUUUGUUGAGCGAGCUUGGUAAAUGGAGUUAGAGAAGGACCUGAGAGGCAUGUGCAUGACUUUGGAUCUCUCCCAUGGAGCAGGAGGAGGAAGUGGAUGCCUUGGAUGCAGAGGAAAAGAAGUACAAGGGGGAUGCUUGCACAGCAGCUGACUGUGUGGUGAGUGAAAAGGAGAAUUGUCUGCAGGAAGCAGAACUACAUGCUCCAUUACUGGAGAGAUUUGAGAGGGAUGAUCCCCAGAGCCUAGAGCAAGUGGGGGCCUGUGAGAAUCGAUCCAAGCCAGAAGGGCAGAAAAGCCUUACCACAGAAAAGCCAAAGAGCAAAACCACUUCCCCUGGCAAAGCUAAGGGUAUCAAAGAGAAUCAGAGAAUCCAGGCAGGGGAAGAACCUCAUAAGUGCCCUGAGUGUGGGCAAAGCUUCAGUGAGAGCUCAGACCUCCGCGUACAUCAGAGACUGCAUGCUGGAGAUAAGCCCUAUAAAUGCAUGGAGUGCGGGAAAAUUUUCAACAGGAGAUCCUUCCUGAUCACACACCAGAGAAUUCACACGGGAGAGAAACCCUACAAGUGCCCCGACUGUGGGAAGAGCUUUCGUGUCAGGUCUACCCUGAUUAAACAUAAGAGAAUCCAUACAGGGGAAAAACCCUACAAAUGCCACGACUGCGGGAAAAACUUCCGCCUCAGCUCCACGCUCAGCACGCACCGGAAAAUCCACACGGGAGAGAAGCCCUAUGAAUGCCUGGUGUGUGGGAAGAGCUUCCGAGUGAGCUCCUACCUUCUUGCCCAUGAGGCAACACACAGUGCAGAUAACCCCUUUAAAUGCCCCGACUGUGGGAAACACUUCAGCGUGAGCCGGGAUCUCAUUGUGCACCAGAGAAUCCACACGGGAGAGAGACCCUUUCAGUGUACAGACUGUGGGAAAACCUUUAACCGGCGAUCGACCCUCAUAGUGCAUCAAAGAAUCCACACGGGAGAGAAGCCCUAUAAAUGCCCUGACUGUGGGAAAAGCUUCAUUGUGAGUUCAGAUCUCAUUGCACAUCAGAGAAUCCACACGGGGGAGAAACCCUACCACUGCCUGGACUGCGGGAAGAGCUUCCGCCUGAGCUCCCUCCUCCCCCGACACCAGAGAAGCCACACUGGGGAGAGACCCUACAAGUGCCUGGUCUGUGGGGAAAGCUACACUGACAGCUCAGGCCUUAUUAAACACAAACGGAUCCAUACAGGAGAGAAACAGAGGCCAGUAAUGGUUACACCGCAGGGAACCCACACGGCAGAGGGACGUUAUAAAUGCCUGGUCUGCAGGAAAACCUUCACUGUGAAGUCAGCACUUAUAAAACACACGACCAUGCACACAGGGGAGAAACCCUAUAAAUGUCCCGAGUGUGAGAAAAGCUUCAGCCACAGCUCAGCUCUCAUGAAACAUCAGAGAAUCCACACGGGCGAGAGACCUUUUAAAUGCCCUGACUGCGGCAAGAGGUACAACGACAGCUCAACCCUGAGGAGACACCGGAGAACGCACACAGAAGACCGACCUUAUAAAUGCCCCGACUGUGGGGAGCGCUUCUGUAUGAACUCUGCCCUUGUAAGACACCAGCGGGUCCAUACAGAAGAGAGGCCCUAUAAGUGCCCUGAAUGUGGGAAGAGCUUCCACCUGAGGUCAGCCCUGACCAAGCAUCAAAGAAUCCACACUGGAGAGAGACCUUUUAAAUGUCCUCAGUGUGAGAAGUGCUUCAACCGGAGGUCAAUCCUUGUAACCCACCAGAGGAUCCACACGGGGGAGAGACCCUAUAGCUGCCCCGAGUGCAAGAAGAGCUUCAGUGUGAGGUCAACCCUUAUUAAGCAUCAAAGAAGCCACACAGGCGAGCGACCGUAUAAAUGCCUGGACUGUGGGAAGAGUUUCAGUGACAGCUCAGCCUUUAUUAAACACAAGAGAAUCCACACGGGAGAGAGGCCCUAUACCUGCAGCGAAUGUGGGCAGAGGUUCAGUGUGAGCUCUGACCUCAUUGUCCACCAAAGGAUCCACACAGGGGAGAAACCCUACAAGUGCCCCGACUGUGGGAAGAGUUUUGGUCUGAGCUCGCACCUCACCCGGCAUCAGAGGAUCCACACAGGAGAAAGACCCUACACGUGCCCUGACUGCGGGAAGAGCUUCCGCCUGAGCUCCACCCUCAGCACCCACCGCAAGAUCCACACCUCCGAGAAACCCUACCAGUGCCCCAAGUGUGAGAAGAGCUUCAGGGUGAGUUCCUACCUCCUCACCCACGAGCGGACCCACACCGCUGAUAAACCCUACAAAUGCCCUGACUGCGGGAAGAGCUUUGGGGUGAGCUCAGCCCUGAUCAAACACCAGACCAUCCACACGGCAGAGCGGCCCUUUAAAUGCAGCGACUGUGGGAAGAGCUUCAAUCGGCGGUCGGUUCUGACCACGCAUCGACGGAUCCACACUGGAGAGAAGCCGUAUGUGUGCCACGACUGUGGGAAAAGCUUCAUUCGCAGUUCGGACCUCACAGCCCACCAGAGAGUCCACACCGGGGACAGGCCCUUUAAAUGCCCCGACUGUGGAAAGGGCUUUGGCAUGAACUCAGCCCUGGUUAAACACCAGAGAGUCCACACAGGGGAGAGACCCUACCAGUGCCUGGAGUGUGGGAAGGGCUUCAAGCAGAAGCCUGCCCUUGUUACCCAUCAGGGAAUCCACACAGGGGAAGGACCUCAUAAAUGCGCUGACUGUGGGAAAAGCUUCAGUGUAAACUCUGCUCUGAUGGUUCACAGGAGAACACACACUGGGGAGAAGCCUUACACAUGCCCCAGCUGUGGGAAGAUCUUCAGUGACAGCUCAGGCCUCAUUAAGCAUCAGAGGAGCCACACAGGAGAGAGACCUUACAAGUGCCCUGACUGCGGGAAGAGCUACGGGGACAGCUCAGCGUUCAUCAAGCACAAGACCCUGCACACAGGAGAGAAACCCUACAAAUGUCCUGACUGUGGAAAGAGCUUCAGUCACAGCUCAGCCCUCAUGAAACAUCAAAGGAUCCACACAGGGGAGAGACCCUUCAAGUGCCCUGAGUGCGGGACACGCUUCACGGACAGCUCAGCCCUUCGGAGACACCAGAGAAUCCACACGGACGACAGGCCCCAUAAAUGUCCUGACUGCGGGAAGCGCUUCCGAGUGAACUCAGCCCUGGUCAAGCACCAGCGAUUCCACAUGCAGGAGAGGCCCUGCAAGUGUAGUGAGUGCGGGAAAAGCUUCCAGUCCAAGUCACUUCUUCUCACGCACCAGAGAACCCACACGGGGGAGAAGCCCUACAGAUGCCUAAACUGUGGGAAAAGUUUCCGUCAGAGCUCACAUCUUAUCAGGCACCAGAGAAUCCACAUGGGGUAGACCAGGGUGACCAAAUGGUGGCAUGCAUGCCACAAGCAGCACUGGCAUUAACUCCCUUCUCCUUUAUUGAUAUGAAAUGUGGGUGACCUACUGUCAUCUCAAGAGCUUGAAGAGGCAAUUGCCUCUGGAAAAUCCUCCACAUCAAGUAGAAAGAUCACUUCACAAAUGACUGCAUCUUUGCUAAGCCAAUGUUACCAGCAUUAAGUCAGUGAUCCUCAAGCACCAAGUUUGCUGGACCAGACAUUGUGUGUGGAUGCUUGACUCUUGACUCCCAAACCAAGUGCUUUACUUCCAGCUUGCUUAUGGGCUGAAAUUUGGAAACAUUAUGAGGACAUAUUGAAGGCAGGCCUCAAAAAAACAGACACUAACAUCAAGAGCUGGGAGAAGCUGGCUGCUAACUGACUCCAGUUGUACUGCAACUUUGACCAAGCAGCAGUCCAUUUUGAAGUAAAGCAUCUUGCCCUUGAAGCAAAGAAGAGAGAACAGAGGACGGAAAAAGGAGAGGAAUCCCAGCCUACAGCCUACUCUCCCCUACAGAAAGACCUACAAUUACUGUGGAUGGAUCUGUGGCUCAAGGACUGGACUCUUAAGUUACAUCAAGACAUGUGAAUGAGCUGUGGUAGAGAUUAUCCUCAAAUUGAGGGAUUGCUGAUGAUGGCAUGGGUGGCCUCUGUGUACAGCACAUGGCAGAUUGGGGAGGGGGCAGGCAGCACAGCAGCAUAUUAGGCAGGGAACAGAAAGCAAAGCAUCAGAUCAGACAGGAGACACAGGGCAGGCAACAGAAAGCAGAGCAGCAGAUUGGACAGGGCAAGGGGGACUGGAGUGGCACUUGGAGGAGGGUGUAGGGUUAGUUUGUGACACACCUAAGAAAAAGGUUGAUCCUCA